AUGGCUCAUAAACCAGGAUUGUCCUCCAAUUCGAUACACAUGGGAAACACCAUGGAAACACCGUUCAGGAGUUUUCAUAAGUUAUACAAUUACAAUGCAACAAUAAAGAGUCCGCUAAUAGAAGUAACGCGUUUAUUGGCUACCAAAUCUGUGAAUAUAUUUAAUCGACAAACUAAAUUUUUACAAAGAGAAAGAGCUGCAUUCGAUGAGAAUGUGCAUGUUUAUGAUUACUUAAAAGAGGAAGUUGGCUAUAGACUUUCUGAUCGUAUAUUUGAUAUUAAAAAAACUUUUAAUGUUGCCGUGGACUUCGGCUGUGGUAGAGGAUAUAUUUCAAAAAAUGUGUCUCAUGACAAUAUCGAAAAGCUUAUAAUGUGUGAUAUGAGUCCAAAAAUGCUGGACCAGGCGCAUUGUGCGGAAGGGCUAGUGACAUCAAAACAUACUUUGCAGGAUGAUUAUUUGCAUUUUGAAGAAUCAAGCAUUGAUCUUGUCUUAUCGAGUAUGUAUUUGCACUGGAUAAAUGAUUUACCAGGAUGUUUUAAAUCAAUUUUAAAAAGUCUAAAACCUGAUGGAGUUUUUAUGGCAGCCCUAUUAGGAGGUGAUACUUUAUAUGAACUAAGAUCAUCACUGCAAUUGGCGGAGUUAGAACGAAGAGGUGGCAUAUCAGCACACAUUUCACCAUUUGCAGAGGCGAGAGACAUAGGUAGUUUAUUAACUCAAGCGGGAUUUGUGAUGCUUACAAUAGAUACUGAUGAAAUUAUUGUUGGAUAUCCUACAAUGUUUGAGCUUCUCAAUGAUUUGAAAGGUAUGGCAGAAAAUAAUGCUGCUUGGAAUAGGCCCUUGCAUCUUCACAGAGAUACACUUCUAGCAGCAUCUUCUAUUUAUAAAGAAAUGUAUGGAAAGGAAAAUGGAGUGCCAGCAACAUUUCAAAUAGUAUAUUUAGUUGGUUGGAAACCUUCACCUGAUCAACCACAACCUCUUCCUAGAGGAUCAGCUACAGAAUCAUUCAAAAACUUAGGAAAAAUAAGUCACAAAAUGGCAAAAGUUAUGAUGGCGCAUUUCCACAUCAUAUCAGUCUAUUCAAUUUUGAGUUCUUUACUUAGACAAUUGCGAGGAGACAUAGGUAGUUUAUUAACUCAAGCGGGAUUUGUGAUGCUUACAAUAGAUACUGAUGAAAUUAUUGUUGGAUAUCCUACAAUGUUUGAGCUUCUCAAUGAUUUGAAAGGUAUGGCAGAAAAUAAUGCUGCUUGGAAUAGGCCCUUGCAUCUUCACAGAGAUACACUUCUAGCAGCAUCUUCUAUUUAUAAAGAAAUGUAUGGAAAGGAAAAUGGAGUGCCAGCAACAUUUCAAAUAGUAUAUUUAGUUGGUUGGAAACCUUCACCUGAUCAACCACAACCUCUUCCUAGAGGAUCAGCUACAGAAUCAUUCAAAAACUUAGGAAAAAUAAGUCACAAAAUGGCAAAAUCUUAA